GUUCCCAACCCUUUAAAUUGCUCUUUCAGCAUUAAAGCAGCAACUUAGAGGAGGAUUUCUGAAGAACAACCCCUGGACUCCAGUUUUUCCAAGCAGCAGGGAAGCAGAGUGCAAUCAUGAGUGAGGCCAACAAUUCUCUAGAGCAAAUCCUUCCUCAGCUGAAAUGUCAUUUCACAUGGAACUUAUUUAAGGAAAAAGAUAUCCCAGAGGAUCUGGAAGAGAGAGUGUGUGAGCAGAUUGAAUCUUUAAACCCUGAGUUCAAAGGCACAAUGUACAACUUGUUGGCCUACAUAAAACACUUAGAUGGUCGGAACGAGGAGGCCCUGGAGUGCUUACAGCAAGCUGAAGAGUCAAUCCAGCAAGAGCACUCUGACCAGGCAGAAGUCAGGAACCUGGUGACCUGGGGAAACUAUGCCUGGGUCUACUAUCACCUGGGCAGACUCCCAGAGGCGCAGGCUUAUGUUGACAAGGUGAAACAGGCAUGUGAGAAGUUUUCAAAUCCUCUCAGUCUUGAUUGUCCUGAGCUGGACAGUGAGGAAGGGUGGACAUGGCUUAACUGUGGAGAAAGGCAAAAUGAAAGAGCCAGGGUUUGUUUUGAGAAGGCUUUGGAAAAGAAACCUAAUAACCCAGAAUUCUCCUCUGGACUGGCAAUUGCCAAGUACUAUCUGGAUGGAAAGCCACGGAAGCAAAUAUCCGACAGUGUUCUAAAGAAGGCCAUUGAGCUGAAUCCUGACAAUCAGUACAUUAGAGUUCUUCAGGCCCUGAAACUGCAGAAAAUGAAUGAGGAAGCUAAAGGAGAGAGGAUGGUCAAGGAGGCUGUGGAGAAAGCUCCUCACCAAAAUGAUGUUCUUCGCAUUGCAGUCAAAUUUUACAAGAAUAAAGGUGAUCUAGACAAAGCUAUUGAACUCGUUCAAAGGAUGUUGGAAUCCACACCAAACAACUGCUACCUCUAUCACCAGAUUGCAUGCUGCUAUUGGGCCAAAGUCAAGCAAGUUCAGAAUGAGGAAUCUGAUGCUGACAUGAAGAGGGAGAAGAUGGAUGAGCUAAGAAAACAUGCGAAGGAGUAUUUGAAUAAAGCCAUUGAGAAGGGCCUGAGUCCUCUCUAUGAGUACUCGGAGCUCACUGAACUCCUGGAAAUAGAGGAAUAUGAUCAGAUAGCAUCCAGUAAAGAGCUGCCUGCCAGGGAGAGACAGCACUCUCAACAUGAUCGUGACUCUCUGGGACAGACAGCAGGCACUACAGUCCAAUGUGAUUUAGAGGGUUUGCCCGUAAGCCAAACAUCAGCUGAGAAGCAAAAGGUAAAUGGCCAACAAGAGAACACAUCUGAAAAUCAGAUUCCCCCGAACGCACCCAAUUAUUGGUAUCAGCAAGGAUUGAUUCAUAAAAUGAACGGAGAACUGCUGCAAGCAGCUGAAUGCUUUGAGAAGGAACUGGGCCGCUUGUUGAGGAAUAGCCCUUCUGGCAUAAGCCACUUUUUCCUGCCAGCACCUGAGCUUUAAAAAGACAGUGAGGAAAUGAACCACUUCCCUGUCCCUGAGCUGACUCCCUUGAAGAAGGAAUGAGUCACUCCCUGAACAAAAUAUCGAGAGCCUGAUGAUAGUGGUGAUCCUGGGGAAUGGAAAGGCAGAGUACAAUGAUCAGGUGGUCUUGCUUAUUGCCAUUAGGUUUAUUUUUAGAUAGUUGCUUUCCUCUCUUCCUGUCUUCCCUGUCUCUCCCAUUCUAUCCCAGUCACAUCUAUAUCUCAAGAUGAUAUAUAAGUAUGAUAUAUAAGUAGUAGAAACAUUAUUAUGAUAUAUAAGUAGUAGAAACGUUAUUAUUUUCCACAUAUUCUAGUAGAAUCAGUGUUCCAAGUCUGUAAGAUGUUUAUUAGUUCUCAUUUUACCAGAUACCCCCAUUUCUCCUCUUCCUUCACAGAUUCAUAACUGGUCUGACAAUAGACUUACACCAACAGACUCAUACACCUGUCGUGCCAUUGCUAUCUAGUCAUUGGAAGUCGCAGGAAGACUAGUUUUCUACUAACCCUAAGAUAUUCCUUAUGUUUUACUCUUGGCUCAUCAUGUAUCUGAAUAUGUUUUCUUGAUAAAAUUACUGUAAGAAAUAAAAAAGUUUUAGCCCA